UUUUUUCUUUUGGCCACCAAAUUGUGUUUCAUUUUAAUAAUAAUAAAAAAUAGUUUUAAGUUUUGAUUGUCAACUUUGUUAUUUUUCAAACAUUUGUGAUAUCAAUUGGGUGCUUGUUUUUGUUGGUGAUUUUGUGAACUUUAGGGAGAAUACCUACCUUGUAUUUGAAGUUGUUACUUUGCUUUGCACUGGCUCAUAGAAUCUUCUUCUUUUAGCAGUGGAGUCUUCAUUCAUCAUUGUCAAGUUAUUUUCCUUACAGUUUUCCCUUCAUACUUGCUAUGCACCAACGUAAACCAAGAAAUUUCUAAUAAAAUAAAGUGAUGCAAUUUUGGAUGGUAUUUGUAUGAUAGGGAAGAUGUGGGGACAGUUUAUGUGUGUAAUCAAGUCAUUGAAAUUCAGAAGCCUUAUUUUGCAUGUAUGAUUCCAUGCAAGCCAAGAUGAUGCCCUAAAUCCAAUGUAACUAUUGAGUGAGCUAUUAUGUUUGUACUUUAGUUGGAACCAAUUUUAUUCUGAAUAAUUGACUCUUUACAGUGCUCCUUUCGUAGGACACUUCUGUUGGAAAUUGAGCAUCCAAGAAGAUGCAACAGUUGUGCACUGGGUACACCCAUGUCCAAUGCUCAGUUGACUGAUUAACAAAUAGUAAUAAUCGCCAUAAAUGGAAUAAAUUCACCACAUAAGGUGGUUUUAGGCAAGAAGCUUGCUGCUCAAACAAGAAAAUGGAGCUAAGUACCAUCAAAGAUGCAUUUGAGCGUGUUGUGAAGAAGCAAAAAUUAUGUUCUUCUAGAUCCCAAGAAGUAAUUGACCUAGUUGGUCGCGAAAUUGAACAGGCACUGACACGACUCCUAUCAGCUCAUGAUCCCACCUCUCCUGUUGAUUAUAGAUCCAUCCUUGCAGAGCUUAAACUCAAGCUCAAUGGAAUUGGCCCAAUCCACCUGUUAGAGGGCUCACAUAAGGAACUAAACGGAAACCUUAGCAAGUACACUAAAUUCCUGGAAAAGUCCUUGAAUCCAGACAUAUCAAAGGCAUACCGAGAUGUUGACUUCGACCAUCACAUUGAGAAUCAGCUGAUUGCAAAUCAUUUUUACCGGCAAGGUUCGUUUGAUCUGGGAGAUGGCAUAAUAGAUGAGGCUGGAGAACCAGAGUCAACCAUUCUAAAAUCUCAGUUCGUGGUAAUGCAUCAGAUACUUGAGGCUAUGAAGGUUAAGAACCUCGAGCCUGCUCUGAACUGGGUCUCUGCUAACCGCGAGAAACUGAAUCAGAGUGGGUCAAAUCUCGAGCUUAAACUUCAUAGUUUGCAGUUUCUGGAGAUUUUGAAAAAGGGAACUCAAGCUGAUGCACUUAAAUAUGCCAGGACUUGCCUUGCUCCUUUUGCUUCUCCCGCCUCCCCUCACAAGGAAGAGGUCCUGAAGCUCAUGGGUUGCCUGUUGUAUCCAGGAAGGCUUGACAGCUCCCCAUAUUCUGAGUUUACAUCCCCAACCCAUUGGGAGAAGUCGAUGGAGGAUCUUACGCGGCAGUUCUGCAGUCUGUUGGGGCAGUCCUAUAAUAGCCCGUUGAGUAUGACAAUAGCUGCUGGAUUGGAAGGGUUGCCAACUCUCUUGAAGUUGGCAAAUGUAAUGGCUGCGAAGAAGCAGGAGUGGCAGGCGAUGAAACAAUUGCCAGUCCCUGUGGAGUUGGGGAAGGAAUUUCAGUUCCAUUCAAUAUUUGUCUGUCCUGUGAGCAGAGAUCAAAGCAGUGAAGAGAAUCCGCCUAUGUUGAUGCCAUGUUUGCAUGUUCUCUGCAAGCAAUCAAUCCUGAAGCUGACCAAGAGCAGCACACGAACAUUUAAAUGCCCGUAUUGUCCAGCAGAGGCUUCAGCUGCUCAGUGCCGCCAGCUAUUUUUCUGAAUUGUAAUCACCCUUUCUCUGCAAGAUCUAUGGUGAUACCGUACAUUGCCUCCAUGUGAGAUAUCAGUUUGUAUAUAGACAUUCCUUCCAAACUCGUUGUUUGAUUCUUGAAGUACCAUUAAUUUGCAUAAAAUGUUGAACAAACAUUUGUUAAUUUCAUGGCAUGUGAUGUAAUACAAAGGUUAUCUGUUGGAAGCAGCCUAGAA